UUCAGAGAAAAUCACGUUUUCACUAUUAGCCGCCUUUCCUUCUCGAUUUUGCCCUAGCCUAGCUCAACUCAUUAUCCUUUCGCACCUCGAAUCCAUCGCCGUCAAAUCACAGCUUCCUCCUCCUCUUUGUCGGCAGCUAUGGCGUGUGUGCCUAAUUCAUCGAUGACUCUUCUCUUCGUCGAAAUGGGCGUCGGCUACGAUCAACACGGUCAAGACGUAACCUCAGCUGCUAUGCGAGCCUGUAAAAAUGCAAUUUCAUCAAAUUCAAUACCGGCUUUCAGAAGAGGAUCUAUACCUGGAGUUUCAUUUGAGCAGAUGAAAUUGCAGAUCAAAUUAGGAGUUCCUCGGCCUCUACAACACACUUUAGAUCUGGAUAAAGUGAAAUCGGUGUUUCCUUAUGGUAGAAUCUCGAAUGUUGAGGUGGUUGAUGGCGGAUUGAUAUGCUCCAGUGGUGUUGAAGUGGAAGAAAUGGGAGAUAAAAAUGAUGAUUGUUACAUUGUGAAUGCUGCUGUUUAUGUUGGUUAUUGAUGAGAUCCAUCUUCGAGUUUCGAUUUAUUUGGAAAAUAGGUCAAUCAUUCGAAUGGUGAUUUCGUCCAAAUCGAAUCGUUUUGGAUAAAUUCGUAAGUCUUUAGCUUGGGACGAAUUAUGAAACGUAACAAUAGUUUACAUUUUUAUUGCAAUUUAAACCAAUCAAUCUAUCGCUUGAUUUACGUAUUGUUAAUUCGAAUUCAAAUUUUCACGUUUAUGUACCA